ACCCAGCUCCCGGCGCGCGUCGGAGCCUCCCACCCCGCGGCCCCGAGCGCACGAUGCGCGGACCCGGGCGCCCGCUCCUCCUGGGGCUGCUGCUGGUCCUGGGGGCGGCGGGGCGCGGCCGGGGGGGCGCGGAUCCCCAGGAGCCGGCGGACGGGCGCGCGCUGCUGCAGCUGGUGGCGGAGAUCGUCCAGGAGCUGUGGAGGCACCACGCGGCGGAGCUCAAGGGCCUGCAGCUCCUCGGGCGGGACUGCGCCCUGGGCUGCGCGGAGGCGGCGGGGCUGGGGCCUGCGCCCGAGCAGCGAGUGGAAAUUGUUGCUCGAGAUCUGAGGAUGAAGGACAAGUUUCUAAAACACCUUACAGGUCCUCUUUAUUUUAGUCCAAAGUGCAGCAAACACUUCCAUAGACUUUAUCACAACACCAGAGACUGCACCAUCCCUGCAUACUAUAAAAGAUGUGCCAGGCUUCUUACCCGGCUGGCUGUCAGUCCAGUGUGCAUGGAGGAUAAGCAGUGAGCACAGCUGUCCAGGAGCAGCGCACCAGGAGCCAUGAGAAGUGCCUUGGAAACCAACAGGGAAACAGAACUGUCUUUAUACACAUCCCCUCAUGGACAAGAGAUUUAUUUUUUCA